CCCGGAAAGAGUCGUAAAGAACACCGACUGUACGGCUGGUUCAUUCCGUCAUUAUAUUGGUUAUUUGGUUUGAAGAGACUUGGCGAGAUGACGAUAUCAACUUAGGCUGUGUGCCCCAAGGUUUACAUAACCGACGCUGACUGUCUUCUGUGGCUGAAUAAGCAUAAAUUGGGCGCUGCUUACUCACCCCGGCCAUGCAGGUGAAAGGUAGAUUGAUUCAACGACGACAAGCAUUUUCAGCAGAAAUAAAGACUAGUUCUGGACGUUGACGCCCUGGGAACCCUGGGGAGAAAUUGUGCAAACCACGGAACAAUAACUUAUCAAACUCAGCUGAAGAGAUACAGUUAUAAGCUAGGCUCAGCCUCAUAUACGAUUUCAGCUCGGAGGGUUUUGCACACUGCAUUAGUGGCUCAAUGGCUCCUGUAAAUAAAGAAACGGACCUUAAGAAAGGCGAGGAUGGGACCGAUGUAAACAAGAAGGCACCGCUGAUCAAACGUAUUCGAGACUACAAGCUUUAUCCACGAGCGCACGAGGCAAACAUAUCCGUACGCGAUCCGUCCAUCAGAACUUCACGAGUUGCGUUGCUUCGGGCAGCAGCUAAGAACUUUGUCAUCCUGCAGACUUUGUUCUUUGCCCUGUUUUGUUACAUAUUCGGUGGAUUGUACAGGCAAAACAGCCUUACCAAGAAUCUCAAUGUAGUCUUUGUGGACUACGAUGGGGGCGUCAUUGGCGAGGCAGUGCGCUCCGCGUACGGGCAGCUGCAAGGCGGAAGUUUUCCAACGCUACAGGAGAAAUUGCCGGCAGAGUAUCCAGAUCCUUCAGCAUUGAGAGAAGAAGUGUGCCGAAUCAGGUCCUGGGGCGCUUUGUACAUCAGACCUGGAUCGUCCGACGCUGUCCAGAAAGCUCUUGCUGGCGGCCCUGAGUAUGAUCACGAGGAUAUCAUGGCAUACGUCUGGAAUGAAGCUCGCUACAGCGCCAUAGCUGACAGCGGCGUGUCCGCAAACAUGCAACUCCUUUCCAACACAGCUCGUUCUGCGUUUGCUGCGCAGACGAAUUGGACCAGCAUCAUUCGCAGCCCAAGCGAGAACACAUACGCUACAUUUGCGAGUCCGUGGACGUUGGUGAGCGACAAUAUUCAGCCGACCACGCAGGGAACGCGCCUUGUGUACAACACGCUCGUUGUCAUCCUGCUCAUGAUCCAGGAGUUCUUCUACCUUGGGACCUUGAAUCAGCUCUACGACAUAUUCAAGAUUUACAGAAGCCUAAACCCGCAUCGCAUAAUCGUCUUCCGUAACUUGAUUUCCUUAUCAUACUGCUUCAUCGGCUCGCUUAGUGUAACGGGUGCCAUUUGGAUCUUCAAAACUGGCUGGCAUGUCAACGGCAACCAGUUUGUACUCACGUGGAUGGUGCUCUGGCUGUUUGCUCACCUGAAUUUCCUGACGCUAGACGUUUUUACCGUGUGGUUGCCACCACCAUUUGUGCCAAUGGCUUUGAUCACGUGGCUAAUGUUCAACGUGACGUCCAUCCUCGUGCCAUUUGAGCUUAUGUCGGACUUUUACCUAUGGUCUUACGUCAUGCCCGCCCAUGAAGUAUAUAACACGUUGGUUGAUAUAUGGUCCUCGGGCUGCAAUCCCGUGCUUCGCUAUUCUCUUCCUAUCCUGUUUGCGAUAGAAAUCUCCUCCUUUAUCUUGUCCGCCCUGGGAAUCCACCGACGCUGUCACUACGCUAUUGUAGCUGCAGAGGCGGAACAGCGCGCGGCGAACGAUCGCCUCGAGGCCGCGCUCGCGUUUGAUCGAAAGAAGCGUCGUGAAGAAAAGGAGAAACUUGUUCACGCUGCCACUACCCUCACUUCUGGGCAAAGGGGUGUAAAUGGCGAUAUAGUAGAGGAUAUUGGGCGGACAAGCGGCGAAAUUAAGGCAGCGGCCGCUGAGGAUGCCGAAGAUCGUGAAGAGCUGUCCAGUCUGUUCAGCGAUGAUCGGAAGAGGCUGGCUGCGAUUCCAAACUACGGCUUUGGACCGAGCUUCGGAUUUGGGCUGACUUCUGGAAACAUAGGCAAGGAAGAGGAUGGUGGAGAGCUUCAAAGGCGCAGGACUUUCGCCGGAUUGGGUUCAAGAAGGAGAGCUUCCAUAGUGUGAAGGAUGUUUGGAGGAGACCAAGCCAAAAACAGCAAAACAUAGUGUAUUAAAUCCUAUGAGUAAUUUAGCGUUCUGCUUCCAUUUCGAACGACCAAAUUAAAAGGGGUUUUUAUGCAGCAUA